CGCUCAAGCGGGUGGUGUCCUCGGGCCUGGAGAGUCCCAGCUCAGAGCGGGAUCUGAGAGGAGGCGGAGAUGGCGUCCCAGCCGCCGCCUCCGCCGAAACCGUGGGAGACCCGCCGGAUUCCGGGGGCCGGGCCGGGGUCAGGACCCGGCACCACUUUCCAAUCUGCUGAUUUGGGUCCUACUUUAUUGACAAGACCUGGACAACCAACACUUACCAGAGUGCCACCGCCUAUUCUUCCAAGGCCAUCCCAGCAGACAGGAAGCAGUAAUGUGAACACUUUCAGACCUGCUUACAGUUCAUUUUCUUCUGGAUAUGGUGCCUAUGGAAAUUCAUUUUAUGGAAGCUAUAGCCCUUAUAGUUAUGGGUAUAAUGGGUUGGGCUAUAACCGCCUUCGUAUAGAUGAUCUUCCACCUAGUAGAUUUGUUCAGCAAGCUGAAGAAAGCAGCAGAGGUGCAUUUCAGUCCAUUGAAAGUAUUGUGCAUGCAUUUGCCUCUGUCAGCAUGAUGAUGGAUGCUACCUUUUCAGCUGUCUAUAACAGUUUCAGGGCUGUAUUGGAUGUAGCAAACCACUUUUCCCGAUUAAAAAUACACUUCACAAAAGUAUUUUCAGCUUUUGCAUUAGUUAGGACUAUAAGGUAUCUUUACAGACGGUUACAGUGGAUGAUAGGUUUAAGAAGAGACUCUGAGAAUGAGGACCUGUGGGCAGAAAGUGAAGGAACUGUGGCUUGCCUUGGUGCUGAGGACAGAGCAACUAACUCAGCAAAAUCUUGGCCAAUAUUCUUGUUCUUUGCUGUUAUCCUUGGUGGUCCUUACCUCAUCUGGAAACUGCUGUCUACUCACAGUGACGAAGUAACAGACAAUACCAACUGGGCAAGUGGUGAGGAUGACCAUGUAGUUGCUAGAGCAGAAUAUGAUUUUGUUGCUGUAUCCGAAGAAGAAAUUUCUUUCCGUGCUGGUGAUAUGCUAAACUUAGCUCUCAAAGAACAGCAACCCAGAGUGCGUGGUUGGCUUCUGGCCAGUCUUGAUGGUCAAACAACAGGACUUAUACCUGCUAAUUAUGUCAAAAUUCUUGGUAAAAGAAGAGGUAGAAAAACAGUGGAAUCCAGUAAAAUUUCCAAGCAGCAACAGUCUUUUACCAACACAACACUAAUUAAAGGAGCAACAGCUGCUGAUUCUUUGGAUGAACAGGAAGCUGCCUUUGAAUCUGUUUUUGUUGAAACUAAUAAGGUUCCAGUUGCACUUGAUUCCACUGGGAAAAAUGUCGAUAAACAAGAUCUUUGAUAACUUUCAUGUUUACCUGCAGCUGAACUAUACUUCAGAGUACUUUUAAAAAGUUUCUUCUUACAAAGAAAUUCAUCUUCAAUCCAAUGAAAACAUUUGUUAAUGGCUAUUCCAGAUGUUUUGUUGCUAGAAAUUAUUAAAGUUGUACACUAGUAUGUUGGUCUAGUGACCUGGUUACAUUUUACGAGUUGUUAUUGGACCAUGAGGAUAUUUGUUUUACCUAGAUUUUAAGAUUAUGGAGACUAUCAUUACCAUCUUAUUUAAAACCCUGUGUUUAUUGAAAGAAUAGGAUUCAUGAACUAUAGAAUACACAGUUUGCUACAGUAGGGAUCACUAAUGCAUUUUAAAAUUCUAGAUUAAUUGACUUGGAAUCCUCAGAAGUUGAGUGACAACAUAUAAAUAUCAGAACAGGCAAAAAGGCUAAUUUUUCUACAACUUUAAACAGAAUAAUAAAAAUUUUCUGAUGUGUAUUACAUCCAGUAUUGGGUUUUUUAGGCAGUAGUAAUAUGUUUUCACCCACCGACAAUUGAUACUUUUAUCUUUCAUUGUAUUUUUUAAAAAUUUAUCUUGGAAAAGUCACUAGAAGCAUUGUGAAGGAAAUGGUUCCAGGGUGACAUAUAGCCCUAAUUUAGUUUUCCCUGCUAAUAAAGAGGCUAUAAUUUAUCUUUCUUACAGAUUAUUUCCAUUUCUUCAGAGGAUCAUAUCCCUUUACAGUAUGAUUAGUUUUCAUCCUGGGUGAAUCAGAAUACAUAUAUGAAAGAUUUACUUUGUUUUCCUGCAGCCAAGACUCAAGUCCUUUGAGUUUCCAACUCAGUUCCAGCAGCAACGAUUUUAAAUCUUUUCAUAGAUUCUCUGCUUCUACCUAAUAUAAUUAACUUUUUAAAAUUCCAUAUUCAGGCUGUUCUUUAAACAUUGAGAGUGUGUCACAUUGGGUACACAUUUCUUUUAGGUGUGGUUUUUACCACUGAGACUAUAAAUACAAUGCUGAAUUGCCAUUUAGAAUAUGAUAGUGCUAUUUGACUUGUUUUUUGUUUAAUAAUGAUUUUAAAUCUAAUUAAAUUUCAGAACACUGAAUAUUUCCCCACAAAACUGGAAAAUUCAUGUACUUGCUGUGAUCAUACUACAAAAAUAAUACUAUCAGAAAUACAGGGUACAAGAAUACAUUUACAUAUAUUGUUGAAAACUUGGAAUUAUUUGAUAAAGAUUUUGAUUUAGUAUUUUUAUCUUUCUUCUUACAGACUUUAUGUUCAACAAGUAAGUAAUUCUAGAACAGUUCAAACUAAAACAUUAGGAACCAAGUAUGUGUAUAAUCAACAUAGAAUUUUACUAAAGUCUUCUUGGGAAUCUCUCUUUUGAGACAAUAUAAUAACUAAUAUAUCAUUUAAAAUACAAAUGUUGACCCCGUGCAGAAAAAGUAAUAAGAUAGUAAAAUCUGUUUAUCUUAGGCAUAUUUUUCUAACACCUGGUUCUUCAAACCUUCAAGUUAAGGGGAUUAAGUUACUUAUAUAUUAUUUUCCAUUUGUGUUCUACAAUUAGAGGUUCUGCUUUGUUUGUUAGAAAGUAAUUUAUGGAAAUUUUGUUAUUGAAACAACUUUUGAUAAAUUAUUAAAUUUAGCAUUGAGACAUCUAAAUUGAAUACUAGAAGUGAAGUAGAGGUGAGAUGUUGAGUCGGCGCUAUUUGGAUUAGAAAAGGUGGGUCUUUAAGAUAGUACUUGUGAUUGCUAUUAAAGAUGUAUAGGGAGGGCCUCCCUGGUGGCACAGUGGUUGAGAGUCCGCCUGCCAAUGCAGGGGACACGGGUUCGUGCCCCAGUCUGGGAGGAUCCCGCAUGCCGCGGAGCAACUAGGCCUGUGAGCCAUGGCCGCUGAGCCUGCGCGUCCAGAGCCUGUGUUCCACAACGGGAGAGGCCACAACAGUGAGAGGCCCGCAUACUGCAAAAAAAAAAAAAAAAAGAUGUAUAGGGAGAAGAGUAUAGUACAGAAUGAAUGACAAAAAUAAUUUGACUUGGGACAUCCCUGGUGGUCCAGUGGUUAAGACUCCGAGCUUCCAAUGCAGCGGGCGUGGCUUCCAUCCCUGGUGGUCGGGGAACUAAGAUCCCACGUGCCUGCAUGGCAUGACCAAAAAAAGAAAAAAAUUGACUUUUCUUAGGGUGUUUUUGGUUUUGUUUUGUUUGUUUGUUUUUGGUUAAGAAUGCUAAAUUGCAAUGUAUAUUAUCUGACUGGUAACUAUUUGUGUUUGAAAAUUCCUUUUCUAUUAAGAAUCUAGAAAAGGAAUUUAGGACUAGAAUAAGCAGAGACAUUUGUAACCUUUUUUAGAUGACUAAAUGUAAUGUUUAAGGCUCCAAUAUUGUUAUUUUUAGGAACUUAUUUAAGGACUGCUACUUUACAGAAAUUACUAACUGAAACUAAAACACUUUCAAUUAAAUAAAAUAAUAAAUCACAAGUUACAACAAGAAAACAGGUUUCAUUUAAAAUUUUUUUCUGAUUGUAGUUUAUCAGUGUAGAAAGGAAAAGGUAGGAGGACUAUAAAUUUUCAUGUUUUAACAUUUCAUUUAGGUACUUGAUUUAGUCUAUCAGUGUGUCAUAAUUAUAUAUUUACUUGAAUACUGCUGUCCUUUAUCUUGUGCUUUCUUUAAUAGAAAAAAGAAUGAUAUUAAAUGCAGUUAAAAUUUUAUUUUUAAUAGAUUGUUAAGUUGCUUUUACUGGACAAAUAAAAAUAUAUUAAACUUGAUUGAGGUUUUUUGAAGACAAACAACUCUUUUCAGGAUUGCAAUUAAUGUAAAAGUCUCUGUAUUUUUCUUCAUAUCAUUGUGUAUAUUAACUACUGCAAACCAGUGUGUCUGCUCUAUUUCCUUGUGAUUUGAAGAAAAUAUUAAAUUUACAUUUAUAUAAAAAUUAUCUAGAAGGUGAGUUAAAUAAAAAUAAGGCCUCAAGUCUAGGUUUUGGGAGACCUAGAUUCUAGUCUGGACACCACUACUUACUUACUGUAAGAUUAUUUUUCAGUUUCCUCAUUGAUAACAUUGGAGAUAGCUACUACAUCUGCCUCACAUGAGAGUGCUUUUUUAAAAAUAUGAAGCACAGUCAAAAGUAAGAGAUUAUGACAACUACUUAUUUGUAAUUUUUUUCAUGUAUAUUUAAACUUCUUACAUCCUGUUAAAAUGUCACAAGGUAUUUAUAUCACUGUAAAAUUUCAGAUUCACACAUAAUUAAAAAUUAAAAUUAGUUCACUUGUACUUAUAACUUUGCCCAAAAUGUAAUUUUAAAUUAUUUUGCUGAAUACCAGAACAGCCUAGAAAAAUGCAGUGGAAUAUUUGUUCAACACAAAGAAAUUUUGUUUUUUAAGCAUUGCCUUUAAGUGUCCUUUCAUAUUGUAUGUUGUUUUUAUUUAGCUUAUCUUAUUUGGGAGAAUGAACUGUUUCUUUUAAAGACAGCUAACUCACAAAUCCUGUGGGGUACUUACUAUAUUAUGCCCUAUGGAUAGUUUUUCACAUUUAAUGAAGAAAUGUUUUAGUCUAACUUAACUAUGUUUCUCUCCUCAUAUAAAUCGUUUCUUUUUUUAAGGAUUUCAUGUGCUCAGCAUUGACUCAAUCAUUAAUUAUACUCUUUAUUAAUGACAGCAGUAUCAUUGGUCUAGAAAACCUACACUUUUGUUCUGCUUCAUUUUACCUUAAUAGUUUUUCUUCAUCUCCUGCCUGCAAUUCCAUACUCCCCACUCUCUACUAUCUUUAAUGUUUAUCCUUCCAAGCCAUCUUCCAAAUUUUUGAUAUAUUUCUUUGAAAAACUAUACAAUAACAUUUAUUUUGUAUAAAUUUUAAAUUUUAUAUAAAUGAUAUUAUGGUAUAAAUUUCAUUUUGCUUCUAACUUUUAUAAAAUAUUAGGUUUUUAAGAACUAUUCAUGUUACUGUAUAUAGCAUACUUCUGAUUGCUGCAUAUUAUUCUAUUGUAUUCACAUACCAUAGAUUAUCUUUUCCUCUAGUCAUAGAUAUUUAGGUUAUUUCCAGCUGUUCCCACUUCUACAAACUUGUACAUUUCUUCCUAUGACCCUGCCCUGUAGUUUCUUUGGUAUAUAUGGCCUAGAGUAGAAUGGCUGGGGUUUUGAGUAUAUGCAUAUUUAAUUUCAGUUAGUAAUGCUGGAUUGUUCUUGGAGAUGGUUGUACCAAUUUGCACUUACACCAGCAAGACAUGAUGAUUUCAUUUUCUCUACAUCUUCAGCAGUACUUGAUAUUUUCUGAUUGUUGUUAAUCUGAUAAUGUAUGAAAUUGUAUUUUGUUUAAUCUGCAUUAUCUCAUUACUAAUAAGUCUAAGCAUAUGCUUUUUAGUCAUUCUGGUUUUCCAGUCUAUGGAUUGCCUAUACUUAUAAUUUGCCCAUUUUUCUAUUAGACUUUUCUCUUUCUUGCUGAUUAUAGUACAAGAAAUUCUUUAUAUAGUCUAAAUAAUGUUUCCUUGUCAGGUUCAGAUGUUGGAAAUAACUUAGGCUUUUCAUUUAUUAAUUCUUGUCUUUGGUGUCCUUUAUGGAAUAGAAAUUUAAAAUUUUGCCCCCAGUUGUUUGUAUUUUUUAGGUCUUGUUCUAUCAGUGUUAUAGUUUUACCAUUUACAUUUAAUAUAAUUGGAGUUUAUUUUUGGAUAUAGUAUAAGGUAUGAAUCCAACUUUUUCUCCAGCUAAUCAUUAAGGGAAAAGUGUUAUUAAGAAAACCACUUCUCUCUCUCUAGAGGAAAAUUAUCUUGGAUUUACUUUUUCCUUAGCACUAUUUCCUUGAAACAGUGGGUUAAGAUAAAUAAGGAAUGCCAGCUGUUUACCCAGCAACAUUUUUUAAUUGUAAAAAGCACAGGCUUUGAGAUUUCUCUGAGUAAGGUACAACUGAUAACCAAGCUUGUUCCUCCUUGGGGAGAUGUGGAACCCACCUUUAGGGAUUUUUACACCAUAGUGGUUCCUGUGGCAUGUGAGGCUUACCUAAGGUGGAUGCUCUCCUCUAUAUUGCUGUGUUUACAGUGCUAUACCUUUCUGGCAAGCUAAGUGACCUUGGUGCCUUUUGGGUCUUGUGAGUGUGAAUGUCUGCCGGGUAUGCAGAGUAGAGUUGUAAGUUUUUCUAACACCAUCUGUUAAAUCCAUAUUUUCCCAUUUCAUUACAUACCAGGUUUCCAUAAGCAUGAAACUGGGGCUCUCUGUUCUGUUUAUUGAUAAAUGUCAAUUCCUUUCCCAGUACAACACUUUUAAUAUAAGUUUGUAAUAUGUCUUAAUAGGUGAAUCUAUUUGUCCUACUUUGUUAAAAUUACCUUAGCUGUUUGUGGAUUUUUAUUCUAUGUAUGUAUACAUUUUAGUAUCUAUGUAUACAUUUUAGUAUCAGUUUAUGAAGUUCCCCAAAACAAGCUGCUGAGAUUUUUAUUGGAAUUGAAUUGAAUUUGCAUAUUAAUUUAGAAUUAACAUUUUUACAAGGUCAAAUCAUCACAUUUGUGAACAUAAUUUUUUUCUUCAUUUAUUCUGGACAUCAUGUGUUUAUGGGUUUUUUAUUUGUUUUUUUGGCUAAUUCCUAGGUACUUCAUACUUUUCGUUGCCAUUGAAAAUGGUAUCCUGUUAUUUCUGAUCAUGUUGAACUUGAUGUUGAUCUUGUAUUUCCAGCUUUGAUGAAUGCUUUUUAAUUCUAAAGUUAUUGAUUCUCUUUGGUUGUCUAUCUAAAUGCAAAUGCAAAUAAUGAGUUGUAUUUCUUCGUUUUCAGUCCUUAUACCUUUCUUUCCUCUUUAUUGUUUCAGCCAGGUUGCCAGUCUGUAUUUGACAGUAGUUGUGGUAGCUGGCAUUUUUAUCUUAUUUCUACUUCAGAAUCUAAAGUUGCUUUAUUAAAUGUGAUGUUUGCUGGA